UUAUAGUAGUAAUCAAUAGUAGAUAAAGAGGGAGCAUGAUGAGAGAUAGUACAUCCCAUCGCCUAAUUGUCUUAAUAAUUUCGUCAUCAUAUCGAGAGUUCCGCCCUCUUUCCUCUCCUCGUCUGAUAAACCCAUUUGAUCAUUAUUGAGGUCAUCUCACAUCUCGACCCAUAAUACAAUACGUCUACAUCGUACGGAGACAACCCACACACCAUCUUCAUCCAACACCGAGACUCAGAGUUUUUCUUCUCUCUCAGACGAUUAAUCCACCAAAAUGUCGAACGAAAUCACUGUUUACAUCACAUCCUAUACAUCUACGUAUCAGUUGAUGAAACAGAUACAGAAAGUGAUGAUGGUUCUGGACAGUCGUCGAAAGAUGCUCGACUACGACAUCAAGUACGUUGACAUCGCCAUGUUUCCUGCCGGGAGAGAGAAGAUGAGAGAGAUGUGCGGCGACCCUAAGGCCUUACCACCACGCAUUGCCAACGGAGAUGAAUACUGCGGGGGCUUUGAGGCGUUUGAAGCAGCCGUGGAGUUGGAAUAUCUCAAAAAAUUCUUGAAGCUUCCAGGAUGGGCUGAGGAUGAAAAGAAGAAGGAAGAAAAAGAAAAGGAGGAAGAAAAGAAAGAUAAAGAAAAGGAAGAAGAUGAGGAAGAGGAAGGAGAGAAGAUAGAAGGUGAUGAAGAAAAGAAAGAGAAGAAGGAAGGGGAGGAGGGAGAAGAAGAAGAAUCCAAACAGGAAAAGGAAGACAAAGAAAAGGAUGAAAAGGAGGAAACGGGAGAUAAAGAAAAAGAAGAAGGUAAAGAAGAAGAGAAAAAAGACAAAGGAAAGCCUAAAUUAAAAGCUAAAGUUGACUCAGAUAAAAAGGACAAAGCACCGGAUAAGGAGAAGGACAAGGAGAAAGAUAAGGAGAAAGACAAAGAUUCAAAGAAAGAAGAAAAAGAAAAAGAGAAGAAAGAUAAAGAGGAAGAAAAGAAAGAUGAGAAAAAAGAAGAAGUCAAGCUUAUCAAGAAACCAAAACUUAAAACAAAGGUAGAUGUUGAUAAAGAGGAUGACAAAAAAGAAGAUAAAUCAAAGAAGGAAAAGGACACGAAGGAGAAAAAAGAGGAAAAGAAGGAUGACAAGAAGAAAGAGGGCAUGGAAGAAGAUAAAUCUAAGAAAGAAAAGGACAAGGAGGAGAAAGAAGAGAAAAAGAAAGAAGAGACAGUCGUCAAGAGACCAAAACCAAAAGCAAAGGUUGACGUCGAUGAAAAAGAUGAUAAAGAGGGAAAAGAUAAGAAAGAAGAAGAAAAAGAAGAAAAGGAAGAAAAGGCCAAUGUGAUAAAAAGACCGAGACCGAAGGCAAAAGUAGAUGUUGAAGAGGAGACUGAAAAGAAGGAUGAAAAUAAAAAGGAGGAAGACAAGAAAGAGGAAAAGAAGGAGGAGACAACUGUAAGAAGGCCAAGGUUAAAACCAAAGGUCGAUGAUGAAAAGUCGGAAGAUAAAGUGGAAAAGAAAGAAAAAGAGGACGAGAAAGAAAAGGAGAAAGAAGAAACUGUAGUGAGGAGACCUAGACCUAAAGCCAAAGUCGAUGUUGAUACCGAAGAUAAAACAGAAGACGAGAAGAAGGAAGACAAGAAGGAAGAAACAGUUGUGAAAAGACCAAGGCCAAAAGCCAAAGUGGACGUUGAAACAGACGAAAAGAAAGAAGAGAAGAAAGAGAAAGAGAAGAAGGAUGAGAAAGAAGAAGAAAAGAAAGAGGAAACGGUAGUGAAAAGACCGAGACCGAAAGCGAAGGUCAACGUCGAAACCGACGACGAUAAGAAAGAAGAAGAGAAGAAAGAGGAGACCGUUGUCCGUAGACCACGACCAAAAGUGAAUGUUGAUGUCGACGAUGAGGAAAAGAAGGAAGAGAAGAAGGAGGAAGAGAAGAAAGAAGAGAAAGUUAUUCGAAGACCCAGGCUAAAAGCUAAAGUUGAUGUAGACUAGUUUAUUUAAUCAUGUUUAUGUAGCCUUACCGAUAUUGCGCAAAACAUUGAACCAAACUUUGUAAAUUAGUAAUUUGUAGUAAAAUAUAAUGCCGAAUUUUUUUUCCUUGGUUUAACACACCAGAGAACGGAAAGUAUCAAGGAGCACAAACAGUGGAGCCCCGAUGAGGAGGCGGUGAUAUAUACCAGUUACCAAAUAUUCUAAUGGAGGGAACUUCAGGGAAGUGCAUGUG